GGGUCCCAGAAGGACGAAAGCGUGGCGAAGCGGUCGCGCGGCGUUCGUCAGUGACGGCGGCGCCGGCGUGCGCGCAGUCUCUCUGGCCUGGUAGGAUGCGGCUGAUGGGCUGCGUUUCUGGCGCUGGCGCGGACGCGGAAGGCCGCGAGGCGCGGAAAGUCAACAAGCAGAUCGAGGAGCAGCUCGCCAAGGACAAACAGGUCAUGCGCGCCACGCACAGGCUUCUCCUCUUGGGCGCUGGUGAGAGCGGUAAGAGCACAAUCGUGAAACAGAUGCGAAUAUUGCACAUAAACGGUUUCAAUGAGGCCGAGAAAAUGGAGAAGAUCAAAGAUAUCCGACGAAACAUACGUGACGCUAUGCAGGUAAUUCUGCGCGCGAUGGGCACGAUCGAUCCGAGGGUGUUCUUGGACGAUCCGAGCACUCAGGCGAGCAUGGACUACGUGCUGAACUGUGUCAACGAAGUCGACGGCGAGUUCUCGCAGGAGUUCUACGACCAUGUCGCUAAAUGCUGGGCUGACAAAGGCGUGCAGGCGUGUUAUGAACGAAGCAGUGAAUAUCAGCUCAUUGACUGUGCAAAAUACUUUCUCGACAAAGUUGAUAUAGUGCGUCAGCCUAACUACGAACCCACUGAACAGGACAUCCUUCGGUGUCGUGUGAUGACAACAGGAAUAUUCGAAACUAAAUUUGAAGUGGAUAAGGUUCGAUUCCACAUGUUUGAUGUCGGUGGACAGCGAGACGAAAGGCGAAAAUGGAUCCAAUGUUUCAAUGAUGUGACAGCUAUUAUCUUUGUUUGCGCAUCAUCCUCUUACAACUUGAUGCUUUGGGAAGAUAGCACACAAAAUCGACUGCGAGAGUCACUAGCGCUCUUCAAGAAUAUAUGGAAUAACCGUUGGUUGAAGACGAUAUCCGUUAUAUUGUUUUUGAAUAAACAGGAUCUUUUAUCUGAGAAGAUCAAAGCAAAACGUUACUUGCUUGAAUCGUAUUUUCCUGAAUUCGCAAACUAUCAAUUACCGUCGGAUGCCGUCUUUGAAGCGGGCGAUGACAAGGAUGUAGUACGCGCUAAAUAUUUUAUCCGAGGAGAGUUUUUGCGAAUUUCUACGGCUGCUGGAGAUGGCAGACAUCACUGCUAUCCACACUUUACAUGUGCUGUUGACACGGAAAACAUUCGGCGGGUGUUCAACGAUUGUCGCGAUAUCAUUCAGCGCAUUCAUCUUCGGCAGUACGAGCUUUUGUAGUUGUGUGCUCGCUACUGCGUGUCGCCGUCUCUCACGCAAUCUGUAUGUGUUAUGUGCUGAGUUAUCCCUUAACGCUGUUGCUCACCUGUUACUUUCUUGCCGUUGGCGCGAGCCGCUUGGCAAACUGCCAAAGCCUCCAUAUUUCAAUUUUCAACCCCGACAAGUAUUGACCCUGCUUCAGUGUUGCACUAUUCCAUUCUAGCCAUCGAUGACGACCACGUCGAAAAUCUAGUCCCUCUAAGUUUUCUAUUUGUAUUUUUUUCUAGAACUGAAAGCAUGUUUGUCAAAUGCUUGAAGCGCUUAUUAGUACGGCGGCAUCUGUUUUUUAUUUCUUUGUGACGAUAUCAUGCCUUGAUGCAUUUUAUUAGCGACUUCUUUUGCAAUUGCAUCAUUCUCAGUCAUUUUUCCUGCAUUUACACACCCGAGCAUUUCAUUCUGGUCAAAAGACCAAUAGCAUGGGAACGUGGGUGCGAUUGCAUUUGAUGUCGCCAUUUUGUUGAUAGAUAUAGAAUUGUGGCGCACCUGUUUUAUGGUGCACUUUCUAUAUGAGCACAGCUCAAGCUAGAUGUGGUGUGCAUCCGUCAUCCUGCCGCCAUCUCCCCUUUCGCUCCUACCCUUUUUCAUCUUCGCAUCCCGCUCCUCUUUUCGUCCGCCAGUCAGAUCGCUAUGUUAUGAUAAGGAUUUGUGGAACAUUUUGAGUAAUUCGCAAUUGAUGGUUGGUGUCGAUCUUUCUCCUGCCUGCACUUUGCCCUGUGGUUCAAUUAUUGCUGUAUGGUUAGAAUAGCACUGUCAACUUUUCUCCUGGCUGAGGCGUUAGGCGGAAGUGAGUCCAUGAAAUUCUAAUGACUGAAGCACUUAUUUAGCAUUUUGAGAAUUUUUCUUGGUGUGCAUGAGCGUCAGGGCCGCGGUGGGAAGUACGGCGGUGCUUUCCUUUUACAAUUGAUUUCCUUAGCGCAAAGGAAACAGGUCGCUAGCGCUAAUUUCGUCCAUUAUUUUUGUUUCCAACCGUUUAUAUUUGAAUUAGCGGGAUGUUAUCUUAUUAACUUGCCUAUGUCAUUUUGUUUUUUUUUUAUUCAUUUCAUUAUUUUUGUAUAAUAACACCGUCUGUGCAGUUUCCCCGUUCUUUGCUUUUAGCUGCUUCUAAAAUGCAUGCUUUAACAUGUAUAUCAAGUCAGUAAUUGCUUUACUAUUUAUUGUUUUAAGAGCGAUGCUACUAAGUCAUUUUUUCUAGACGUCAUCUCAAAACCUUGAUUCUUCUAAUUCUAGCUCUCAAUAAGCCUGAACUACUUUCAUGAUCUUUAGAAGCACGAAUAAUCAUGAGGGGACAUCAGGUGUUUCUUAUUAUUACACGCAGAUUGUUAUAGUUUUAUAUUUUUUUAUAAUUAGGCCUCCGGUGUCGCACCAUGGGCACUGUAUACUCACAAUUGUCACUGCAACGUGUAAAAAUUCUCCGAAU